AUGAUUAAUAUAAUAAAAAGAUUAAAAAAUCUCGAACUACUUGAUGAAGCUAUUGCCGACGAAGAUGGCUCCUGGGGCAGUACACCGGAAGGAUGGGAAAUACAUCUUGAAAUAUUAAUAGCAGGUGGCGCAAUCGAAGAGGACCUUUCAUUGUAUGAUAUAAUUUACUACUCAUGCCCAUAUGUUAAACUCGAUGGUUCUAUUUGCAAUAAUAAUUGUAGACGAAUAGAGGGAUGUUAUGAACAUUGGAAUAGAAAAAAUAAAGGGCCUGAUAAUAAUUAA